AUUUCGUAUAUUUUUAAAUUCAAAUUUGAAUAAAGCGCCUUUAACGCGCGCGUAAUGCUGGCGCAAUCGAUAACUUUGCGCUCGUUCCAUGCAAUGAACUAGUUCCGAUUCCGCGGUGCGAUAAACGCGAAUCGUACGACUAGCCGGGCCGGCACAGCUGUCAGCUGUUAAUGUUGUGUUGCGUUUUGCUGAAACAUGACUUUGAAGAUAAUUCAAUUAAAUGAUGUGCAAUUAAUUAGUUGCUUAAGUGGCGACGAAGAGAAUGAUGAAAUGCUGCAAUUUUAUUGCCAUGAUCAAAUAAACGAACUGAGCUACUGUGAAAAUUUGCCUGUGACACAAUUUCAGCAGCGAAUUCGGGAAUUGAACAAACGCGUGCACUUUCCCAUAAAAGCGGUGCGCACGGCCUUAAGUGGCGCUCAUCCGGCAGAGGCUACACUGCGAUGUGUCCAGCACAACGGAACGGAUGUGGCGGAACCUGAUCGGGAGCAGCAGCCGGAGCACCAGGAGCUGCACUCUGUGCUCAGUUUGAAAUACCGUAUUGUGGGUGCACCGGCGCCGCUUAAAUGGGAGUGGCACUUGACCGGCGUGGACAGUGCAAUGUUUUAUCGUUACCUCUUGAAGGAUGCGCUUCAUACCGCCAGCUAUCUUAACGAGAAUCUGCAGUCCUUGCUCGAUGUCGUCAAGAAAAAGGACAUAGAACUCAAACAGUAUCGCAUAGAAGGCGCUCAGUUGCGCAGAACCACCGUGGCCACUGAGCCCUACGAUGUGGAGGCUUUUCAUGUGCAACACAAACAGCUGCUGGCGGCUGUGGCUGCCUACGUAAAAGUGGGCCAAGCCUUGGAUGGAGCUGUCGCCACAGCGCCCAUUAUUAAAAACGAAACGGCCGUGGGCGUGCCGCCCAUGUCCGCCGAUGUGGCUACCACAAUACCAUGCAGCACAGCAGCCACAAGUUCAGCUAAAUCAAUAAGUCCACGCAACAGAAAACGCAAGGCUAUGGAAACGGGCAUACAACAUGUGGAACGCAAGGUGCUGCAGCGUCGCCGUGUGCCGCAGCUGCAAUACAAGAAUACUGAAAGUCAGGAAUCGGAUUUAGAGGCCAGCCUUGCGGAAGCCAUGUCCAAUGUUAAGGCUGAAGCUGAGAUCAAACAGGAACCAAGCAUUGAAAUACCAACUCUAAUAGAUCCAGAAACAAAUCCAACCAUAGAAUCGACUAAAAAUGAACUGGAUGAAAUCAUGCAGUUGAUCAAUCGCACAGCGGAGCAAACCAACAAAAUGCUAGAGGAACAUAAUGUCACCUAAAAACGAUAAAGAUAGCGAUAGGUUUCAUUGCUGCGCGCUUUUCCUCUCUUUCUGUAUCAUAGCCGAAAUGCUAUUGAGACCAGUUUGUUUUGUUAACGCAAUAUUUUUGACUCAUUUAAAUUGUAGAAGAGCAAAAACCUUUUUUAUGAAUUGCAUGUUUUUAGCCAGUUUUUUUACACCUCACCGAAUAUGCACGAAGGCGUCUUUCCGCCUUUAUAGACAAAAUUGUAAAUAAUUAUUUAGGCGAAAUGUUGAAUGUUUAGAUCUAUUGAUCUAAACCAUAUUGUAAAUUGUAUUAAUUAAUUUUAUAGGUCUUUACGAUGUUAUAUUUAUAUAAAGCACUUGAUGUUAUUAACCCAAUACCUAAAUGCACAUUUCCAUAUAAAAUUGUACUUCAAGCUAAUUUUGUCAAGCAAA